AUGACAUCUGAAGAAGCACCCGAGUAUACGAGCGAGCUCAACGUCCUGAGCCCAGUAUCUCCCAAGCCUGUCCAUUACCCAGUGCCAUCUAACAUUCCCGUUCUUGAGAACCAAAUCGACCCCGUCUUUAACCAGACCGGGACACACAUGGUUGAACCCCUCCCUCAACAACUCCCGCCUCCCAUGUAUCUCGACCAGCAAGCUGCCUCCUAUACCCAAAACCUUCAUCAACAGCAGCAACAGCAACACGUCCAACAUGAACAUGCUCAUUCUAACCACCCUGAAGCCUACAUGACUCAACAGGCAGGUCAAGUAGGGCAGGGUCAAACCCAAGCUCCUUCUCAGGCGCAGGAUCAGGGCCAUCAAGCUUAUCAUCAGGCGCAAGAGCAUGCAUCGAUUGGAACGGAUAGUCAGACCAAUCAAGUUCCUCCUGUCGUUCAUUAUGACGAGAAGUACUCUUACCAACCUGCUGCCCCUGGUGUCGUCGCCUCUUCUGACGCCUCUGCCACUGCCACUGCAUCUGUUCCAUCUGACCUUCCUUAUCCUUCUACUGCUGCCCACCAUCUUCCUGCCUUGCCAAACCAGUCCAACAACGAAGCCUCUUUCCAGAGCAAUUCCUUCCAGCCUCAGAGCCAAAGCAACUCGUUGUCAGCCAACGUUAGCGCGUCUGAGCAUCCUCCAGGUGUUGAAGCCAAUAGUCUGCAGAGCCUGCUCAACAACUUGUCAAACCCCAGCCAUAGUCAGGCUCAGUCCAUUUCUCCUUCCUCCCAGGUCGCGCAAACCUCAUCCGGUGCCGCAAACACAGCACACGCCGCCGCUCAACACGAGCAAGCCUAUUCGACCUACACGAACAACCUCCACACUCAACAACCGCAGCAGCAGCAACAGCAGCAGCAGCCAAACGGAGGACACACAGGCAACAAUGUAAGAGUAGGAGCCAAUGGUCUACCACCGCCACCUGUAGCCUCGUUUCAGCAAGGCCUCAAGCUUGAGAGUCAGCGCGAGAGAAAGCUAGCAACAGGCGAAGCUCUAGACGAGGACGAUCAGCCAUGGACACCUGAAAUACAGAAGCGCUAUGACAACUUCCUUACCGAGGAGAGAAAGUAUGUGACUGAGGGCAAUUGGGAACAGUUUCCCUACGGAUCGAGGCUGUUCGUGGGAAACCUCUCUAGCGAGCGCGUGACGAAGCGCGACAUUUUCCACGUCUUCCACAAGUACGGUGAUCUUGCCCAGAUCUCCAUCAAGCAGGCGUAUGGCUUUGUACAGUUUCUGGAGUCCAAUGGAUGCUCAAAAGCCAUCAACGCGGAGCAAGGAAAGACGAUUCGUGGCAAGAAGAUUCAUCUUGAGGUCAGUAAACCUCAGAAGAACCGCAAUCCCGAUCCUCGCGCUCCUCGUCGCUCACGUUCGCCCGACACUGGCCGAGCUGGCAGCUCAUCGGUAAUUCCAGAUCGCUACUUGCCAGGCGAUAGACGAGCAGAAAGAGACAGAGAUAGGGACAGAAACAGAGACAGAAGAUCGCGCGACUACCGCCCAGGAAGAUCUCCUUCACCGCGAUCUCCCAGAUCUCCUAGAUCGUACCGUGGUCGCGAUCGAAGCAGGGACAGAUAUGACGCUCGGUACAGGAGCAGAUCAAGAACACCUCCCUAUGGCAGUCGUGGCGGUCGCUUCCGCAGUCCUAGUCCUCCAAGACUUUCGAGACGCAACAGCGACGACGAUCUGCCGCUGCCGCGAAGAGCUCCACGCGAUGUGCCAGAUGUGCAAAUCAUCGUUUUGGAUGAUCUCGAUCGCAACUUCAUAGCUUGGUUGGAACACUCCUUCACACUUCAGGGCAUCCGUGUCGACGUGCUGCUUCUAUCUCCGCGUCUGUCGGAAGCUGCAGUCGUCCGGCGUCAGAUCCUCGAGGGUGUUCUCGCUGUCUCACGCAUCACUCGCAUCAACCAACAAACAGCCAAGAUACCUCUGCAGAUCUUCGAUCGUCGCGCUGGUAUCGAGAAUGUUCGCUUCGACGAGUAUGACAACCUCGAUCCUACUAUUGCUGCUCAAUUGGUUCUGCGCGCAAAGGCUGCCCCUGCUUAUGCGCCACCACAGCCUGUACCUGCCCCAGUACAGUAUGGGUAUGGCGCAGGCGUCACUACUGCCGCUCCCAACUUGUCUAACCUUAUCACCUCUCUUGAUCCUACUGGUUUGCAGAAGCUACUUGGUGUCAUGCAACCACCUGGUAUUCCGACUGGCCCACACCCUGGCCUUCCUCCUGCCACAGCCUUGACACCGGAUCUGGCAAAACUUCUGGGUAAUGCGGCUGCAGUGCGUCCUCCACCACCUCCGCUACCCUCACCAGGCAUACAGACACCUGGUCUGCAAUCUCCACCCUCCUACGCUCAACCCCAUCACCCUCACCCUCAUCAGGAUCCACUCGCUGCUCUGAGAAACAAUCCCACGUUGGCUAGCUUGCUUGCUCAACAGCAGCAGCAGUCGCCUCAAAACAUCAAUGUCUCUCAUCUGGGUGUUCAGACGCCUAAUAUGCGCUCGCCAGUUCAACCACAGCGACCACAAACCUUGCCUAACCCCGGACAACCUGAUAUGGCAGAUAUUCUUGCCAAGCUUGGGUCAUAUAGGCGAUGA